AUGGCAACGGACACCAAAAGCGCACUCGACAAGUCGGACCAGACGUCUAUCAUGGAAACAGGUCUCGCAGAUGUAGAGCUAGUCUCUUCUCAUCAAGAAUCCAUUACAAAUGAUGCGUCCGGAAAGGGCAGCGUCAUCUACAUCGAUUGGGCCCCUAACGAUCCCGAACACCCUCAAAAUUGGCCGAGGACCAAAAAGUGGCGCUGUGCGCUGACAGUCAUGACCUUCUCCUUUGCCAGUGCAUGUAUGAGCGCUGGCUACGGCCAGGCCUACUCUGGAGUCAACCGAGACUUUGGCGGGGUCAACUACGUCGCUUACGAAUCAGGGAUCACGGUCUACCUCCUCGGUAUCGCUUUCGCGCCCAUGCUACUGGCUCCCGUCUCGGAACGCUUCGGACGAUAUCCAGUCAUGAUGGCUGCUUCCUUCCUCAACCUCAUCCUCUUCCUCGGCCAAGCGCUCGCCCAGAACCUCGAGACGAUCGUGGUGACGAGAUUCUUGCAAGGCUGCUUUGGAUCGGUGGGUAACUCCAUGUCUGGUGGCUACUUUGCCGACAUGUUCGAUGCGGAGCGACGAGGGCACGUGCUUUGCCUGUAUGCGCUGUGUCUGUUCGCCGCCCAGAGCUUCAGUCCAGUGUAUGCUAGUUGGGUGGCGAUGAAGUUGAGCUGGCGAUGGAUCUUUUGGAUCCAGGCGUCGGUGUGUCUGUUCUCGUUCACCUGCUUCGUGCUCUUCCUGCGCGAGCCACGCCCAUCGGUUCUGCUUUCGAAGCGAGCCAAGAAGCUUACCGCCGAAACGGGGAUCGAGCAUCGAGCAAUCACUAACACCAAAGGUCCCGGCGUGCAAGUGUCGCUCAGAGAAUCGUUGCUGCGUCCUAUCAGCUAUCUCGUGACCGAGCCGAUCAUUAUCUUUUACUCUCUGUGGAUCGGAUUCGCUUGGGCUUGCUCUUACUUGCUUCUCAGCGCGAUCCCCAUCGUGUUUGGAGCAUAUGGAUGGAACAAUGGCCAGAAGAACCUGCCGCAGCUGUGCACCUUUAUUGGGUGCUUCCUCUCGUUCUGGUUCAACCGCUACUUCCAGGAGAGGCUCUAUCGCAGGGAUGCACAAAAGGCACACGCGGCAGGCCGAACCAAGCCUGAUCCCGAGAGCCGACUGUAUGCAUGUAUGGUGGGAGCGUUUGCCUUCCCGAUCGGAGGCUUCAUCUUUGCUUGGACGGGACGAUCGGACUUGCCGUGGAUUGCGCCGUGCAUCGGGCUGGUGAUCAUCAACUUUGGCAUCUUUGCCAUCUACCUCUCUGCGUACACAUACCUCGCGGAUGCGUACGAGACAUACGCAUCGUCGGCGCUGGCUGCGCAGUCGUGCUUCAGAAACUCGCUAGCAGCGUUUUUCCCGCUAUUCUCCAAGACGAUGUACGAGAAGAUGGGUACGCAGUGGGCCUCGACGAUGGUCGCUCUCAUUGGACUGGUCUUGGGGGUUCUCCCCUUUGUGCUCAUGUGGCGAGGCCGAGAGAUUCGAGCCCGCAGCCCGGCUCAGAUGGCCCUCGCUGCUGCCGAGGAAGAGCGGCAAUGA